CCCACAGGUCACCACCAACCCCUUCACGUUUCUAAUAAAUUUUCCCCACUCAGCGAUACACCCGCUGAGGAACCAACUCUGAUAAUUGGCAGCUCCAUAGUCAGAAACGUGAAGUUAGCGAAGCCAGCGGCCAUAGUUAAAUGUAUCCCUGGGGCCAGAGCGGGCGACAUUGAAUCAAAUUUAAAACUGCUGGCUAAAGGUAAACGUAAAUACAGUAAGAUUGUUAUCCACGUCGGCGGUAAUGACACCCGUUUACGCCAAUCGGAGGUCACUAAGAUUAAUGUGGAGUCGGUGUGUAAUUAUGCUAAGACAAUGUCGGACAUCGUAGUUUUCUCUGGACCCCUGCCCAAUGUGACCAGUGAUGACAUGUAUAGCCGCAUGUCGUCAUUCCACCGCUGGCUGUCGAGGUGGUGUCCAGCAAACGAUGUGGGUUUCAUUGAUAACUGGAAGCCUUUUUGGGGAAAACCUGGUCUGAUUAGGAGAGACGGCAUCCAUCCCACUUUGGAUGGAGCGGCUCUCUUAUCUAGAAAUAUGGCGAAGUUUAUUUCUAAAACCUGACAGUCCAGAGUUAGGACUAGGAAGCAGAGCUGCUGUCUUACACACUUCUCUGCUCUUUCUUUAGAACAGUCACCCACCCAAAACCCCAUAGAGACUGUGUCUGUCCCCCGACCACCUAAAUUAUUUAAAGAAAUAAAAACAAGAGGAGUUCAACAUAAAAGUCUAAUAAAAAUUAAAACUAACUCCUCAGUAGCACAAAAUAAGAGAAUGAAAUGUGGGCUGUUAAAUAUCAGGUCUCUGUCCUCUAAAGCUGUUUUAGUGAAUGAAUUAAUAUCAGACUAUGAUAUUGAUUUACUUUGUCUUACUGAGACCUGGUUGUCCCACGAGGAGUAUGUUAGCCUAAAUGAAUCCACCCCCCCCAGUCAUAUUAAUACUCACAUUCCUCGAGGCACUGGCCGAGGAGGUGGAGUAGCAGCUAUAUAUGAUUUGAGCGUUUUAAUGGACCCUAAACCUAAACUAAAUUAUAAUUCAUUUGAAAGCCUUGUUCUUAGUCUUUCUCACCCAAACUGGAAAACACUGCAGCCAGUUCUAUUUGUUAUAGUGUACCGUGCUCCUGGACCGUACUCUGAUUUUAUACCUGAAUUUUCAGAGUUUCUAUCAAGUUUAGUCCUUAAAUCAGAUAAAGUAAUUAUUCUAGGUGAUUUUAAUAUUCAUGUGGAUGUUGACAAUGACAGCCCUAGUAAUGCAUUUAUAUUAUUAAUAGACUCAAUUGGCUUCUGUCAGAGUGUAAAUAAACCAACUCAUUGUUUUAAUCACACUCUUGACCUUGUUUUAUCAUAUGGCAUUGAUAUUGAACAUUUAAUAGUCUUCCCACAUAAUCCUUUCCUAUCUGACCAUUAUUUAAUAACUUUUGAAUUCAUACUAUUAGAUUAUAAGCCAUUAGGCAAAACUUCCUACAGCAGAUGUCUAUCUGACAGUGCUGUAGCUAAAUUUAAGGAGGAGAUUCCUUCAUUGUUUAAUUCAAUGCCAUGUCUGAAUUUAACAGAGUCCUAUAACAACUUUAGUCCCUCUGAAAUUGAUAAUCUUGUCGAUAGUGCUACAGGCUCACUACGAUCAACAUUAGACUCUAUCGCUCCUAUAAAAAGGAAAUUAUUAAAACAUAGGAGACUAGCACCUUGGUAUAACCACCAAACCCGCCAGUUAAAGCAAAUAGCUAGGAAAUCUGAAAGGAAAUGGCGCUCUUCCAAAUUAUCAGAAUAUCGCUCAAAUUGGCAAGAUGAUCUUAAGAUUUAUAGAAAGGCCCUCCGUAAUGCCAGAGGAGCCUAUUACUCAGCACUAAUAGAAGAAAAUAAGAACAACCCUAGGUUCCUCUUCAGCACUGUAGCCAGGCUGACAGAGAGUCACAGCUCUAUCGAGCCACAUAUCCCCAUAAACUUAAGUAGCAAUGACUUCAUGAGCUUCUUCUAUAAUAAAAUUAUUACUAUUAGAGAAAAAAUUAAUCACCAACUGCCAUCAACGGUUAUCAGUGGCUCUCCAAGUUCAGGGACUUCUGUCAAUGUAAACUUAGAUGUAUAUUUAGACUGUUUUUCUGCUAUCGAUCUUCAUCGCAUCAUCUGCAUUUGACACCAUUGACCAUGAUAUUCUUUUACAGAGACUUGAGCAUCAAAUUGGCAUUAAAGGAACUGCCCUAACCUGGUUUAAGUCAUACUUAUCAGAUCGUUCUCAGUUUGUACAUGUUAACGAUGAAUCCUCCAUAAAUACUAAAGUUAGUCAUGGAGUUCCACAAGGUUCUGUACUUGGACCAAUACUAUUUACUUUAUAUAUGCUCCCUUUAGGCAACAUUAUUAGGAAUCACUCCAUUAACUUUCACUGUUAUGCAGAUGAUACGCAGUUAUAUCUAUCAAUCAAACCCAAUGAAAUUAAUCAAUUAUCUAAAUUACAAACAUGUCUUAAGGACAUAAAAUCCUGGAUGACCUGCAAUUUUCUGAUGUUAAACUCAGAAAAAACCGAAUUUCUUGUUCUUGGCCCCAAAAACCUUAGAGACUCAUUGUCUAAAGAUAUAGUCACUCUAGAUGGCAUUAACUUGGCCUCUAGCACCACUGUCAGGAAUCUUGGAGUUAUCUUUGAUCAGGAUUUGUCAUUUAACUCCCACAUAAAGCAGACCUCUAGGACUGCCUUCUUUCAUUUACGUAAUAUUAGAAAAAUUAGACACAUACUAUCACAGACAGAUGCAGAAAAACUAAUCCAUGCAUUUGUUACUUCAAGGCUGGAUUACUGCAACUCUUUAUUAUCAGGUUGCCCCAAUAAGUCCAUUAAAACGCUCCAAUUAAUUCAGAACGCUGCAGCACGAGUACUGACAGGAACUAGAAAAAGAGAUCACAUCUCUCCUGUACUAGCUACUCUGCAUUGGCUCCCUAUAAAAUGUAGAAUUGAAUUUAAAAUACUCCUCCUCACCUAUAAAGCUCUUCAUGGUCAGGCCCCUUCAUAUCUUAAAGAGCUCAUAGUAUCCUAU